GUUUCUUUCUCUCUCCUCCUCCCCGGCCCUGUUCGCUUCCUUUCCCCGCGCCGCGCUCGGAGCAGGCAGGAAGGGAGGCGGAGGGAUGGAGCCGCUGCCCGCCGGGAUGCGUUAGUGCCCGGACACCGCAGCCUGGGCCCCGCCGGGACGGGUAAAGCCAAUCCACCCGAGCAUCUCUGCAAUGGCCUCAGGGAACGAGGGUAACCCGCCGAGGGGCUGGAGACGGCGGGGAAGCAACAGGCAGAGGCCGUCACAGGAGCUCAACUCAGAGGACCAGGUGGCCGAGGAGACGGAGGAGGUGUUUCGGAGCUAUGCCUUCUACCGCUACGAGCAGGAGAGAGAGGAGCGAGGGGAGGAGGUGCCCGUGGACCAGGAGAUCAUGGACAUUGAGGGGGAGCUGGGCAGCACCGGGAGCCAGGUGGGCCAGCGCUUGGCCAUCAUUGGCGACGACAUCAACAAGCGGUACGAUGCAGAGUUCCGCUGCCUGCUGAAGUCCCUGCAGCCCACCAAGGAGAAUGCCUAUGAGUGCUUCACCCGAAUAGCCUCCAGCUUGUUCGAGAGCGGCAUUAACUGGGGCCGGGUGAUCGCGCUGCUGGGCUUCGGCUACCGCAUGGCCAUCCACGUCUACCAGCAAGGCUGGACCGGCUUCCUGCGCUGGAUCGGCCGCUGCGUCGUGGAGUUCAUGCUCCGGAACCGCAUUGCCCAGUGGAUCGCUCAGCAGGGAGGAUGGGCGGCUGCACUCGACCUGGACAAUGUUUACAUGAAGUACAUGCUGGUGGUGGUGGCCCUGGUCAUGGUGGGACAUUUAGUGGUACGACGCUUCUUCAGGCCCUAACCGAGGUGGUGGCAGAGGCUGGGGGGGUCCGGCCAAGCUCUCUCAAAUCUCUGCUCUGCAUUGAUGUUUCUCAAGAGAGGGGGGAUUUGAGGAACCUCCAAAAGAGAGCAGCUUGGACAUGAGACCCGCCGCAGGGCCCAGGGUCUCUGCCAUCCACGCAGACACCACCAGGAACUAUGGAGAGAAGCAGAGGGAGGGAGGGAAGGUUCAACUCUAUUGUCUGUUUCGUGCCUCACUCAGCUGCUGUGGACAGAGCAUCUCUGCGGUGCUCCCUGCAUGGGGCACUGAGGCAGAGCAGGCUCCGCUGGAGGAGCAAGGGUGUUGUGGGGAUGCCCACGUGUGGGUCCCGUCUGCUCCUUGGGGCAGGCAUGGAGCUCCCUGUUUGCUGAUGGCUCUCCUCAAGCCCAUGCCUUCGAAGAGGGAUUGCAGCCUUGGGCGCUGCAGUUGCUGUCUGUAAGGCACAGGAGGGGCAAGCCAGCAUGAGCACAUGUGGGGCUUGCUUUUGUCUUCCCUCUGUUCCUGAGCCCAACUACUUGAGCCUUCCCUUUCAACAAGUAUCCCUACCCCUUGGAAAGGAUCCCACUGCCUGCUCUGACAAUCCAUGGCAGUGCUGGUUCCAACGCCUGACCCUGGAGACCUGCUGCUCUCCCACGGCUGAUGUGGGUGCUGGGUGCAGCCUCGCAGCCCUCCAUGAGCUCACACCUGGGGAGCACCAGCAGGUUUCCAAACACUACAGGCUGUGGGGUGGCUGAUGGUUGGUGCUGGCAGGCUGCCUGCCCUCCCUCCCCUUCUGCUUCCACUCUGUAGCUUCAGAUGCUGGCAGAUGAGCAGCCCAACUGUGACCAGUUGGUCUCCCUUGGUCUCAAUGGGAGCCCUGGAGUUGCAGCUCCCCCCUAGAGCAGCUGUUUGCCUCCUGAGCUCAGCUGGGCAGGAUGGUGCAGGCACGCUGCCCUUGAGCCCAGGGCUGUGGUGCUUUAUAGCUGCCUCUUCUGGGAACAGCAUCUUUGGGAAGUGCCUUGACCUUGUUCUGUUCAUGACUAAUGGUUAACAUGACUUUGGGGAGUGGGACAGGAGCAGGACCCACUCUCACACCUCAGAUCUUUCUGUCUUUACAAACUGGAGAGUACCUCAGCAUGGUUAGCUCUGUUCUUUUGACCAGGUGACUCUAAGGCUUGAAACUGUGACUGGUUCCUUCUGAGCCAAACUCACCCCUCCAUCCCCUAGAGCAGGUCAGCAGCUUGGGGAGGGAGAACGGAGGGACCUUGGAGCUAGGAGGUGAGCAGUGCUCCUGGACCCAGGCUCCUCUCCCAGUGCAGUCAGAGCCCCAGAGACUGGACACACCGAGAGAGCCCAAUGGGGUCAGAUGUUGAGAGCAGCCCAUCUGCCCACAUAGGAAAGGCACUCCUGACAGACAGCUGCCUAACCUGUUCCUACACCCUCCAGCAUUGCCUCCCCAUCGCUUCCUACCUUAAUCUUUAGGUAAGGUUUCCCCUCCAUGCCUUGCUGCAGUUGAAGCUUGUUACUACACAUCCUGUCCAAGCACAGAGGCAGGACCCCUCGCAUCCCUUCUGGCUGCUGCAGAGGCUUAGCAGAACCAGCCAUAACAUUAUAACACUUACAUCCCUCAUGUUCCUGCCUCCCUUCACGGAACAGGAGACUUUUCAACCUGUUUCCAUAUCAGGGUCUUUUCUGUGCUUGUCAUUUUGACCCUGUUUCUGCAGUAUCCCUUUCCCUGGGCUGUGCUUCAUAGAAAGGCAUUAAAAUGUUUGCUAUGAUAUUCCUUCUCUAUAGAUCUCUCUGUUGGUUGAUUUUUCACCUGUGCUGAGCAGCACAGGUCUCCCAUGGUCUGUCCAUGCUGUUCGGUGGCCGUGCUGACUCCCUUGGACCACCACUGUCCCCUCUGCACUCAUCCACACACAACUUCAUUUACCCCCCGUUCACUCACCUUGAGAUUUCCUCAACCCUCUUCUCUGGUGGGAGCCAAUGCAACCAAGUGCUCUCAGCUGCAGCUUCCCAUCCCUGCUCCUUCCCAUCCCUGCUCCUUCCCUUCUUUUCUGGGGGAAAACACCACCAGAUGGAGCCUUUUUGCCACGAUGAAAGCAAACUGCCCACUGUUGGUUUCCCUUUCUCUUCAUCAGCCCCAUUGACAGUCCCGUUCUCUAGGCCGGUUCUCUGGUCGGUUGUGACUGCAGCAGGACUCUCUCAGAGGACAGCAAACAGCACAUCAGCUUCCAUUCACUGCUUCACCCUCGCAGAACUCUAACGGAUGGAGAGCACUUGGGCUUGCACACAGAGCUGUGCUGCUUCUAAUCGGUUCUCAUCUUCCACAUCAAAGUGGUUCACUGCAAGCCCAGGAGACUCUAAAGAAUGUUUGUCAGCUUUAUAGUAGGUGAUGGAGCCUUAGUGAAGUCUGUGGCACCAGGACAGAGAAUAGAACCUUUAAAAGGUGCUGUAGCAAAGGGAAGUUUCCAUUUAUCCAUUUUCUCAGGGGAUUUGCAGGGAGGAUUGUCUCAGGAUCUGUCUAUUGCCUCCCUCUGCCCUCCUGGCACUGCCUACAGCAGGGUGGGCUACAGUGACCCAGAUGAGAGGCCUUGGCCAUCCCCAGGAGCCCAUGCUCCAGAGCCACAGCAGGCAUCUACCUCGAAGCCCCACUCAGCAGGUGUCUGGAGCAGGUACCACUGUGUCUGUGUGCAGAAGGCUUCUGCCGUGGGCCUGGCCAUGCCAGGAGCAGUGCUUCGUUAUCUAGCAGCAAGAGCUCUAGGUAAAACUACGUCUUUAGGAUAACCCCAACCUCCUCUUACAGGGCUGAAUCAGCCACUUUAUUCUGCAGGGAAAAAGCCCUCAGUGACUAUGAUAUUCUUCACGAAUGUGAACAUUUUAACCACCAACCAACCCAGCCACAUGUUGUGUGGGAUGCAGGGACAGCAUCCUCCAGCCUAGUGACUGCCCCGGGGCUUUGGCUUUUGCCCUGGUGAGGAAGGGAAAUGGGGCUGGGAAGCCCCCAAGGAGAAAACCAAGGCUGAAGGUGAGGAGGAGGCUCUGCCCUGGCUGUUUACCAGGAGGGGAUUGCUCUGUGCAUCAUUUGGGUUCAUACAGCCCCUUCCCCAGCUCCUUUCUCUAUCCCUCCAGGGAGCCCCAGCACUGGAGGAAGGGGAUGGGGUGUGUGAUGGAGCAAUAGAGCUUUGCACUGACUCUGGAGGGGAGGGACUGCAAAACACCUUUUCUUUCUAGGAGGAGGACAGGAAGAGUUGUCCCAGUAGCAGCAGAGAUGGGGAACACUCAGUCUGCAGGCCAGCCUUUCCCCAGUGCAGGGCAUCUCUAAAUGGCAGGCAAAGAGGCUGUGAGGAGUGUGGUGGGUUCCUUUUAACUAAAACCAUUUCUUUCACAAGUGUUCUGUUUUAAAUGAUGUAAUAUAUAUAUACAUGAAAAUAAAAAUGGUACAUGCAGUACAAACCUGGC